AAAAAACUAACAGAUAAUAAUAAACACAGCUGGGGAGAGGUGCAGGCAGUUAGCACCGAAAAACUUGGUGGGAAUUUAAUUCCCUCUCUCUUCUCCUUAGGCUAUAAAAGGAGACCACCAAUAGCUCUUUAGAUCAUCCCACCAUUCCAUACUUCUCCAAUGCCUUUGCUCUGCUUCUGUUCGUAAUUCUUUUGUGGGUUUUGGUAGUGAA